CCCAAAUAAACCACAUUAUCAAAUUUGGACAGUCCAACAGCGAUUGUAGCCGGUCCUUUCCCCGCUUACCGAGCAGUAAAACAACAACCAAAAAAUGAAAUUCCUGUGGUUCAUCACCUUCCUGCUCGCGCUCGUCGGCAUGAUUGCGGGUGACGCCUGCCCGAAAGGCUUCAAGUCGCAGAACAACAAGUGCGUUACGCAGCGCCCGGUGCACGGCGACUGCCCGAAGGGAUCGACCUACAGCGCAAAGGUUAACCUGUGCGUCCACAACUAGAAAUAAAGCUACCGUACAGGAGUAAUA